CAAUAAAUGAAAUCCUCGUUCAUUUUUGUCAUUGCUCCUGUGCUUUUUGCCAGCAUGGCAGCAGUGGCUAACGCGCACACUAUCCUGCGCACGCUCACAAUCGAUGGUACUGAAAAUGCCGUCGGCCAAUGCAUUAAUCCCUACCCACCAGGUGAUCCAACUGACCCCGUCAAAGACCCUUCUUCUUCCGACAUGACCUGUGGUAUCCCCGGCAAAAGCAUAGACGCCGAGCUCUGCCCUGUCGAAGCCGGUUCAGAGAUGCGACUCCAGUUCCGAAACUAUGAUGAUGAGUCAAAAGAGGACUGGAUUAUUUCUAGCUCGCACAAAGGCCCUAUCAUGGUGUACUUGGCUCCGCUAGAGUCUGCCGGCAAGGGUGAUGUGUGGUUCAAGAUAUUCGAGCAUGGAUACAGUGAUGGUAAAUGGGGAAUAGACCUAAUUCGCAGUGAUAAGGAGGGAAAACUCACUAUCACUAUUCCUUCAGAUAUCAAACCUGGCGACUAUUUGCUACGCAGUGAAAUUAUUGGCCUGCACGAGGCUUACAAAGAUUACGCAAAGGAUAAGAAUAAUGGUGCCCAGUACUUUAUUAAUUGUGCCCAUAUCACUAUCUCUGGCUCUGGAACCCUCGAACCUAAAGGCUACCCUAUUCCAGGUAUCUACAAGACCACUGACCCGGGCAUUCUUUUUGACUUGUAUGAUGGUAACAAAAACCCCAGUUAUACCAUCCCUGGCCCUAAGCUAUAUAGUGAAGACUCACCUAAAGAUGUAACAGCCAAAGCAAUAAGCAAAGCAGUUUCCAGUGCAGUGCAGUUUCUAGUGCAGCUACUAUUGUACCUAAUGUUAAGGUUAAUGAAGCCAAUAUAUCAUCAGCUGCUGCAAGCUCGGAUAAGGAAGCUGAUUGCGACGGGCAUCAUAACCACUGAAGCUGAUUGGCAACAGCAGUUGAAUGGGCUAGUUUUUUUUGCAAAUCCACAUUUCAUUAUUUCCAUUAUCAUAUUUUGUGUAAUAAACCGACUGCUGUAUUUUACAGGUACUUAUUACAAAUUAGAUGUGCAAUAUUUUUUACAAAGGGGUAUAAAUCAAAAAGGAUAUUUAUUUCUUCUGGAGAACAAUUCCUGGCUGCCCGAUAGCCAUAUCUUUUAUAUAUUCUCCUUGGCACAUAAAUAA